AUGUCUUCAGCCAACCAGGAUGAGCAGAGCGUUGAAAAUAGGCAAACGCAAGUAAAUGGCCUUGCAAUAUUACCUACAGAACCGCAAUGUCCUCCGACUCCCAGAAGAGAUUCUGGCGCCUGGCUAUCGCGCUUUCAACGAUGCAAGAAGACAUUGGUGAAAUUCUUAUCCUUCAUCGGUCCUGGCUUCAUAAUAGCUGUCGCUUAUAUUGAUCCUGGAAACUACUCAACCGACAUCGCCGCCGGUGCAUCUUACCGCUUCAAGUUACUCUUCAUUGUUCUGUUGUCUAACCUCUUUGCAAUCUUUCUCCAAAGUCUCGCUAUCAAGCUCGGCACUGUCAGUGGACUAAACCUAGCUGAGGCUUGUCGAGCAUUUCUGCCGAGAUGGCUUAACAUCAUACUGUACAUCUUUGCAGAAAUUGCUAUCAUCGCGACCGACAUCGCCGAGGUAAUAGGCUUUGCAAUUGCACUGAACCUUCUCUUCCCCAAAGUCCCUCUCGUCGCAGGAUGUGCCAUCUCUAUCGCAGAUGUAAUGGUGAUUCUACUCUUCUACAACCCUGACAAAUCCAUGCGAGGUCUGAGGAUAUUUGAGUACUUUAUUCUCUGCCUGGUUAUGGGAGUUGUGAUAUGCUUCUGUAUCCAGUUGUCGUUGAUAAAAAACACUUCAGUCGGGGAGGUGUUCAAAGGUUAUUUACCUUCAAAAAGCAUUGUAGAGCAGCAAGGGUUGUAUCAAGCAUGCGGUAUCCUGGGCGCGACAGUCAUGCCGCACAGCCUCUACCUAGGCUCAGGCAUUGUCCAGCCCCGACUACGCGAAUACGAUGUCAAACGAGGACUCGUCCCUCCACGGCCAUCCCCAAGUAGUACAUCUGUUAACCAAGUCUCGGAAAAGACUUACUACAUUCCGUCGCUCGAAGCUAUCCAGUCCUCACUCAAGACAUCUAUCGCCGAACUCGCCAUCGCGCUCUUUACCUUUGCCCUCUUUGUUAACUCCGCUAUCCUCAUCGUUGCCGGUGCCUCUUUAUACCAGAACCCAGACGCCGUUGACGCCGAUAUCUUCAGCAUACACGAUUUACUUGCGUCGUCAAUCUCUCCUGCAGCAGGAAUACUGUUUGCACUCGCUUUGCUGCUGUCCGGAAUCACAGCGGGUAUUGUCUGUACCAUUGCCGGCCAAAUGGUCAGCGAGGGUGCCCUAAACGUCAAGAUGCGUCCAUGGUUACGCCGGCUAAUGACAAGAAGCAUCAGUAUCACGCCUAGUAUCAUUAUUGCUGGCGCAGUCGGCCGGUCUGGACUAAAUGCUGCCCUAAACGGUUCUCAGGUAGCGUUGAGUAUCGUCCUUCCCUUUGUCACAGCGCCUCUCAUUUACUUCACGAGCAGGAAUAAGUUCAUGACUGUUAGAUCUGGUCCUGCGCGACUGCAAGUUGAAGGACAGCCGGCGUUGAUGACGGGGCAGAGGAAUGAUGGGGAUGAUGUGAAGAUGCGAAAUGCAUGGUAUACGACUUCUAUCGCAGUUGUAAUAUGGUUGAUCAUUGCUAUUAUGAACGUCGCCAAUCUGGUGUUGCUUGGCAAGGGCCAGUAG